UCCGGGAUAAACACAUAAGAGGUCGACAUCAAACGGUACUUCCACUUAGGCAACUCUACCACCUAAAUAAACGGGGGCAUUGAUUUAUUUUGACAUACAUCGGACAAUUUGGCUACUUCCCCACCAGAUGUUGCUGUGCCGGACUUCGGCGGUAAGCCAGUCGAUUGCUAGAUGGGGGUCAACUGCACGCCGAAGAGGCGCUGUGCUCCAUCCUGCACUCUCCUUCAACUAUCGCAGCUGUCAAAGUGUCAGCUCAACCGAAGGCGAAACACAGCCGGUGGAUGCCGGCUCUUCACAGGGACAGUACCGGGAUAGUGUGCUACUUCCCUGCACCGAUUUCCCAAUAAAACUAACCGGACAAAAGCUUCUUGAUCGGGAACUUGAGAUUCAGCGGAUGUGUGGGUUUGCAGAGCUCUACUCCUGGCAAAGAGAGAGGAAGGCGAAGAAGGAGUUUUGUCUCCACGACGGACCCCCCUAUGCCAACGGAGACCCCCACGUUGGACAUGCACUCAAUAAGAUAUUGAAGGACAUCCGUAAUCGGUUUGAGAUGCUGAGGGGCCGGCAGGUGCACUACGUGCCUGGGUGGGACUGCCACGGCAUGCCCAUCGAGCUGAAGGCCCUUGGGGAGUUGGGCCCAAGCAGCCUCAGUGCCCUGCAGAUCAGACAGAAAGCCCGACAGUUUGCAGAGAGGGCGAUCGCCCGCCAGAAGGCUGCCUUCCAGCGCUGGGGGGUCAUGGCUGACUGGGACAAGUGCUACUACACAUUUGACGGGGCGUACGAGGCGGCACAGCUCAAGGUGUUCCAGGAGAUGCACAGCAAGGGGCUGAUCUACCAGGACUACAAGCCAGUCUUCUGGUCUCCGUCCUCCAGAACGGCCCUGGCUGAGGCAGAGCUAGAGUAUAACCCUGAGCACGUCAGCAGAGCCAUCUACACCACAUUCCCUCUGGACGCACUACCAGCCAAACUGGCCUCCGAAGCCGAGGACAUGAAGGGUGUGUCUGUGCUGGUCUGGACCACCCAGCCUUGGACUAUUCCAGCCAAUCAGGCUGUGUGCUACAUGCCCAAUGCCCAGUACUCGGUUCUGAAGAGGGCCGACAGCGGCCAGCUGCUCCUGGUGGCAACCGAGCGUGCUGCGGGCCUGGCAGCGCUGCUCGGCACCGAGCUGGAGAGCAAGGGCACCUUUACAGGUUCUGAACUGGAGGGUGGGAUCUGCAGGCACCCAACAAUUCCCGGUAAGGAAGUGCCCCUGUUGCCGGCCAAUCACGUGACCAUGGGCAAAGGAACGGGAUUGGUCCACACGGCACCGGCCCAUGGCAUGGAGGACUUCAGCGUGGCGUCACACUUCAAAUUGAGCGUGGAGUGUAUAGUGGACGAGGAGGGCAGGUUCACUGAGUUGGCCGGCCCUGAGCUGGCCAACCUGCAUGCCAUGGACGAGGGCACAGAAAAAGUGAUCUGCAUGCUGAAGGAGUCUGGCGCCCUGGUGAGGGAGGAGCCAUGCGUGCACAGCUACCCGUACGACUGGCGCACCAAGAAGCCCGUCAUCAUCCGGCCCAGUAAGCAGUGGUUCAUCAACACGGCCUCGCUGAAGGACAAGGCUAAGGAGGUGCUGCAGAAGGUGCGCGUGAUGCCAGAGUCGGCCCGGGGAGGCCUUCUCUCCAUGCUGGACAGGAGGACCUACUGGUGCAUCUCCAGGCAGAGGAGCUGGGGCGUCCCCAUUCCCGUCUUCUACCAUAAAGACACGGGGGAGGCACUCAUCAACAAACACACUGUGUCCCACAUAUCGACCCUCUUCAAAGAGAAGGGCAGUGACUGUUGGUGGGAGCUGCCACUGGAGUCCCUCCUGCCGCCAGAGGUCCUUAAGAAGUCCAAAGCAGGCCCAGUGGAGGACUAUGUUCGUGGAGAGGACGUACUGGACAUCUGGUUUGACAGCGGUGCGUCGUGGGCCGCUGUGCUAGAAGAAGGGACGGAGGAAGAGGAGGACCGCUCGGAGGAGCCCGAGUCACGUCUGAGCUGGCUCCGCGCCUCCCUGCUCAAACCCCCAGAGCCGGAGCCGCGGGCCGACAUGUAUGUGGAGGGCAAGGAUCAGAUCGGGGGCUGGUUCCAGUCCUCUCUGCUCACCAGCGUGGCUGUCCGCAACAAAGCGCCCUACAAGUCCCUGGUGGUUCAUGGCUUUGCUGUCAGCGAGAAGGGGGAGAAGAUGUCCAAGUCCCUGGGCAACGUGGUGGACCCCCAGGUGGUCAUCAACGGAGGAACGGACCCCACCACUCCGGCCUAUGGAGCGGACGCGCUGCGCUGGUGGGUGGCUGAGUCCAACGUGUUCUCAGAGGUGCAGAUCGGCCCGACAGCGCUGCGGUCGGCCAGAGACAGCAUCAACAAGUUGAGGAACACCCUGAAGUUCCUGCUGGGGAACCUGCAGGGCUUUGACCCCCGGACGCACGCCGUGGACCCCAAAGAGAUGCAAUACCUGGACCAGUACAUGCUGCACCUGCUCCGCGGCUACAGCAUCAAGGUGACGGAUGCCUACAGUGAGUUUGACGCGGGCAGGGCUAUUCGAGUCCUGCAGGCGUUCAUCAACAGGGACCUGUCCAGCUUCUACUUCAGCAUCAUCAAAGACAGGCUGUACUGCGAGCCAGAAGGCUCGUUGGGCCGGCGCUCGUGUCAGACGGUCCUGGAGGAGGUUCUAGACGGGCUGACCCGCUCCAUCGCUCCCAUCCUGCCCCAUCUGGCCGAAGAGGUCUACCUGCACGCCCCCGGACAUGACGAGGGCGAGACCCUGUUCCGUAGCGGCUGGGUCAAGAGCAGCUCGGUGUGGCGGCGGCCGGGAUUGGAGGAGGCGGUGGAGGGGGCGUGUGCCAUCAGGGACUCCUUCCUGUCCUCCAUCCCGGGCAAGAACGCGGCGCAGUACGACCUGACGGUGGCCAUCGAGCCCGGCCUGCUGUUUGAGCUCAUGGAGUCUCUCCAGGAGGAGCCCACCGCCACCUGCUCCCAGCUGACCGAGCUGAUGAUGUCAGCACGGACCACCCUGACCAGCUCUUUGCCCCGGGACCUGCCCGCUGACACCCUGCUGGCCUCGGGUAGCUUCCUCAUCAACCUGGAGGGGGGCGUGAUCCGAGAGGACAGCGCCUUCAGCAUCGCGGCGGUGCCCACCUCGGCCGCCCGCUGCCCCCGCUGCCGCCGCUACACCUCGGACACACCCGACUGCCUCUGUCCCAGGUGCCAGUCGGUUCUCUCUGUGGCAGCCUGACCGGACCCCGUCACCAUGACUACCAACCAAAACCAAGGCCGGUCGAUGGUGCCAUGCUCGGCCAUAUUUGUAGGUUCUCGUUAGCAGAGUGGCCCUCCUUCAAAUAUUGGGGUUUGGUUGCACCUUAUUUAGUUCCCGACACUCUGAAAGACUCCAAUUGGGAUAGAGAAGUGCCCUUAUAAUCUCAUCUUCCCUAUUUGGUGAAUGACCAACUGCUAGCACUCGGCUGAACAGAAGGAGGCAUGGUAUCACUAGUAUAGCAAGAGAAUGGCUUCAUGCUGACAUUUUACUUUGGAUGGAUCGAAUGAUUUUACAGGGAAUGUUUCUUUUAGUUAUUUUUUAGCACCGAGAUGAUCGUUGUUCUUCUGGAGCAUUCAGCUCUACUCUUCAUUGAACUAUUGCUGCAUGCAAAACCAUGUAUAAAGUCCAGGGAGAAGUUCAGGAUUGACAAUAUGGUUUUCAGGAUAAUUCUUGUGUGUUUGUAUGUAUGUGAGUGCGUAUUGGAGACGGAGGGAAAUCUAGGGGAAGGCGGAAUGUUUUUUUUUUUAUGUAUUCAUGUUUACGACCGGAGAUUCAGUGUAAAGACCUAAAAGAGGAGAUAAUGCUACAUGUACCAAUGUCCUUGUUGAAUAAUUUCCCUUGUAAAUGCAAACCCUUUGUAUGAUAUUUCUUUCCUGUACCCAUAAAAUAAAUAUCUAUGGAAGUAAGAUCCUGCAACAUUGCAGAGAAAAGGUA